AUGUCAUCAGUGACGGAUGACGACACAGACCAUUGGCUCGAUCUUGACACAAACUACUCCAUCCCGUCACAAACCGUCGAUGAGAUAUUGGCUGAGGUAAUAUAGUGUUCAAGCGAUAUAAAAGAUUAUAGUAUAGGGAGAAGUCUAUUAUUUUUGAUAAUAAGAAGCCAAGAAAUUUGAAAAUAAUAAAAGUUUGAUCAUGCUUAUCAAGAAUGCAUCAAAGUUAUUGUAGAAUGACAACGGUCUGGACGACGACUUCUUUCUGGUAGAUGAUGACGACUCAUGCGGUCUUAACAAGCCAAUAUCACCGAUUCAUUUGACAUAUCACUUGGACUGUCCUCUCCUAUUAGAAACUGAAGGUAAAUACAACGACAAUCUAGAGUAUUACAUUAAUUAUCACAUUCAUAAUAUCAAUCCUAUCGUUUUCUAUUGUACAUUUGAAUUAUACAACCUUUAACCGUUUUUAGAUGUAAUAGCUCACCAAGUAAACAUGGUGAAAGACCGGCCGAAUGGUGGUAAAGCAACUUGCAUAGCCGUAUCUGAGCAGCACGUUGCCGUAGGCACAGUGAAAGGAAUGGCGAUAUUGUUCGACAAAAAAGAUGGAAAGUUGCUUUGCUUUACUGGUAACACUGAGAACGCCCCUGUCUCUGCAUUAGGCUUCAAUACAAACUCUACAAGUCUAGCUAUAGGCUACAGUAACGGGCGAUUAAAGAUUUUGAAAACAACGACCGGUAAGACCAGGGACUUUGACGAUUGUGUAGUACAACCAGAUCAUGGGAUCAUACAGGUCGAGUAUUUGAACAGGUAAUGAUUUUUUGGUAUUUCAUUACUGCUAAAUAGUACCGAAGUACUUAAAAUGUUGUCUGACUUCACUUUGUCAUGAUAUAAACGAUACAUUUAUCUUUUGAGAACUUUCAAACAAAUCAUUGUUAAUAACAUGUUUUAGAUCAAGUCUUUUGGUUUUGGACAACGGAGGGUCAGUCUUUGAAAUCAGGGAGGGCAGAAAAGGACCAGCAAGGUGUAUAUUCACCGGCUGCAAGGGAGAGGUAAGUAUCCGAGAGCAUUUUGUAUUUAUGUCUACAAUGCCUACAAUAGUAGCUAUGAACUACACUAUGUUUGCACUAACAAUUUCAGGCAGUGCAAGUCCGAGCAUUUCCCGAAGAGAACAUCCUUCUCUUAUCAACUCUAAAACAAGUUCUGAUAUUCAGCCAGAAGACCGGUCGAAUUAUCUCCCAACUCCGUCUGCCCGACUUUCCCCAAGCUCCUCCCUUGGUCGAUUACAAUAUUCAAAUACACUCAAUCUCGAAACGGUCGGUAAUACACGAUGUACGAGUAGCUACAGCACGACAAAACGAAAUCAGGAUCUACAGUAUGACGUCGGACGGUAGAAACGUGACAUUUCCUCUCAGUAAGAUAAUAAAACCUCAAGUCGAGUCGACCAUUUGUGGCAUGUUUUGGAUGGACCUAAAUAGUAUUGUAGUAGUUACAGUAGACGAAAAGGUUUCUUUAAUCGACGCACAACGGGGUACUGUAACGGCGACUUCGGAAAUAGAAGCCGUAGAGCUGGUCUACAACUUGGCCGAAUUCAAGGUAACUUCCUUUACCUACAAACAUUUUUUUUAACCAAAAAAAAUGCGGAGGAUUACCCAUUUUGCGAAAUCUUUUAAAAUUUGAAACCUUCCUUUUACUUUUCGACCGCAGUUUUUAAUUAUAAAUUUUAAAAAACGAUUUUUUUUUGGUUUUUAAUUUUUGAGCAAUUACUUCACUUCUUCCAACGACUGCAUGACACAUUAAAAGUGACACGAUGACUCAAUUUCUGGGCGAAAAAAAAUAAUUUACAAAAAAUUGUUUUAGGGACUUUAUACUGGAGGAAACGUGAGUCCCGCCUUCCAAUAUCUGGCUCCAAACGUGUGUUAUCAAUCUGCCAAGAGAUAUUCGAGUAGUUUGUACCUGCUGGGAUCUACUGCCAUAUACAGAUGCGACCUCAUGACAGAACGACAGCAACUCGACCGUUUUCUUGCUCGGUAUUUAUUUUUUGUAAUUUUUGAAACACAUUGUUUUGUUUUUACUUUAGUUUUGAGUACUUUGACAUUAGCUAUGAAUACUACAUGAGUUGUUUUGUAACACGAUUUUUGAAUAUUUAUAUAGUUUUUAGAUACAAUUUAUAGUGUUACCCAAUGGUAGUCAAGAGUAGAAUAAUCAAAGUAGUCUUUAUUUAGGAAAGAUGUUGUAUCAGCCGUUUUAUAUGCCAUGGACGUGACGAACACGGUUCGAAGGUCAAAUUUUGCCAAUAACAACAUGUUCAAGUUCAUCGACGACAAGAUACCUGAAUUACUGGCAAAGUUGUUGGAUAGCACGAUGGACGGAUUGGAAAGUGGGAGAGUUACUGAUCUGAUUGAACAUUACAGAGUACGUUUACAUUACUUUAAACAUUAAUAUAUUAUAAUCGAUAAGUUUUAUUACCUAAAAUUUGAAAACGUUUAAAUUUUAACAUUUAUGUGUAUUAUAAUGUUUAUCUUGAAAAGAUGAAUUUUUAAAACUUUUAAAAUUAAUAUUGUUUUAGAAGUACAUCACAGUUCUGAUCAAAGUGUGCGUUGAAAAGAAGUACUUUGACAUUCUCUACAACACCAUCUACCCGAAGAUAGAAAAAGACGGUCUCGCCAAGUCUAUUUUCUUGGAAAUAUUGGAAGAACACGCAGUAGAAGGUCGAUUAGAACAUCCUCCACCUGAACUUAUCCAUGAUCUACUUACAUAUCUCGUUAAUGAAGGACAGUUUGCUCAAUUUGAAAGUACAGUAAGCCAUAUGCCAAUUGAGUGUCUGGACCUUCAUCAAGUCAUCACAACAUGUCGGAGUAAUUUUCUGUUCGAUGGGCUGAUUUAUGUAAUGAACAAUGCCAUGGUGGACUAUGUGGGGCCAUUGGAGGUAGGGUUUUUGGACUGUUAAUGGUUUGAUUAAGCAUAGUUACGACAACUAAAAAAGUAUUCUUAUGUAAGGCUAUGAAAUAUCUUACUUUUAUUUCAGGAGAUGUGUUGUCAUGUUGCCGAGUUUAUCCAUAAAGCAGUGUUAUCAGACUUUGAUAUAGCUACGGGUAACAAGUUACUGCUCUACUUAAGUGCAUGUCUCAGUGGAAACUCAUAUCCAGUAGGGGAUCUACCACCAGAACGGGCGGAGGUGGUACCAUUGGAAGUGUACAAGUUCCUGGUAUCUCUUAAUCAUCUUAACAUAUCUCAGCGUACGGGCCGAGAACGGUAUUCCGUUCUACAUCUUCUCCUACAGUACGACCCUCUACAGUUUCUGAAUGUUAUAUCUACUUGUGCUGAUGCUCCAAUCUUUGCUCAAUCUGAUGGCCGCUUAAGUCGCCUUAUCGAGAUUUUGGUCGGUGUUACAGAAGAAAACCCAAAAUACAUGGGGAUUCUGAUUCCCUUCAUCACACAUCUUCUGGAGACGGGUACGGUAACUCCAAAUUUGCAUACUUAUGAGAACUUGAUCUUGAGGACGAUAGAAAGGAUAUCCGAAACGAAUGAACAACAUGUGGAGGAGAAGAUCGUUAAUCUGAUCAAAGUGUGCGAUCAGAUGUCUGAAGACAGGAUUCUGAUGAAAGCCAAGCAGAAGCCAUUGUAAGGUUUAUAUUAUAUACUUUUCAUUUGUUGCGAGGAGAAAGUGUUCGUCGCGGUUUUUUUAUUAUGAGCGCGAUAGCAUUGAGGAGGCGACGUUUGCCCAAACUUGGAAAAGAAUUCGCUUUUUUUAAAAGGUACCCGAUUUUCAGGAUCUCGAUUUGUGCCUACAUUUACAUAAAGCGACACGAGUACGUGAACCUGUUGUUGACUUGCAUCGAAGAUAAACAAAUACCAAACUGCACAUUUGAUUUUAUAAAUCAUCUUCUGGAUGGAGUCGAGGAAAGUGGACAAGCUCAACUCAGACGAUUCGUGACUUCGUCGUUGAAUGUAAGUUUAUGUUGUUGUUUCAUUUACAAAAAUGGUAGAAACAAAAGGUUUUUUUAAUUAGUAGAAUGAAUUUAGGUAACAUUUUUAGGAUCUUGUGAAAACUUUUGUUACAAAAAUAAAUUAGCGAAUAGUGACAUACUUUGUUUAGGUACUGAACCGUUUGGACUCGGAAAGGGCUGCUCGACUAUAUCUGGAGCGGUUUCCGGAAUGUCUGAUAUCAUCGGAACAACUACCUUUUGACUUCUUGUUUCACUGUUUCAGAAUCAAGUAAGUGUACUAUUAUAUUUGAAAGUUACUGUAAGUUUUGUUAUAAAAUAUUACUUUUGUUUUAGGUAACCUUGUAAUAAUUCUCCAAAAUGAAUUUAAUUGUCAUUUUUAAUUGAAAUCAUAUCACUGAUAUGCUAUUCUACCUAUUUUAGAAGUGCUGAAGGCUCUAAGUCGCUUUGUGGAGACGAGGAUGUAGAUGAAGGUCUCUUCCGCUCUCUAUUCAAAGGCAUCAUCGAAGAAAGAACCAGAACGGGCUGUAAUGCUGAUGACAUUGAUGCAGAACUAUCUGAUAUCUUACUGUAUUGGCUGCCGAUGGGGUCGAGAGAUGACACUUGUCUCAAUCUGGCAUCGUCGCAGAAUCUCAUCGAUUCUACAGUAAUCUUGUUGUUGGCUAGGAAACAUUACCUGCGGGCUUUUGAGGCAUUGUACGAAAGGUUAGAGCAGUCGGGGCCUAACCAUGUCAACUUUGGUAUGUUUGUUAGGUUUUUUGUGUUAAAUUUUUUUUAUUGUAGAAAUGGUUGUCUUGUAUUAACUUGUUUUUAUUUUGUCAUUUUGAUAUUUUAGAGAAGAGGAUGAUGAUGAUAAUAGAAAUAUGCAAACAAAGUCGCGACAUUGCCAUAAGCGGUGGUUGGUGGGUCAAGUUGUUCAACUUUAUACUCUCCACGACUCAAGGAGAUGGUAAGCUUACUCUGACAUUUGAAACAACUGUUUAUUCCAAAAUAUAUGUGUAAUGACAAACUUUAUGUAACCCAGUGAAGAGAGUCAACAUUGCAGAUAUGCGGGAUGGCUACUUCACAGACAUCUUCACGAUCAUAGUGGAGACCUGUGGCAGUCAGGUGAGCCAAGUGCUGGAUUCUCUGUUCUCUCACCCUCGGCUUCGCUCUGCCACCUUCUCCAACUUUAAUAUGUUGGUGACGUAAGUGCGGAAGCGUAGAAACACAUUUUUUUAGAAAAAUACUUUUUUCCUGCCAAAUCGACCGACAAAUACUCAUUCAGACCCGGAAUUGUAUCCAGGUUGAGGCGUAUGACCUAUUAAAACGUAUGAGUUCGACCAGUCGAUCACUGCACUCUACUGUACGCACCAACGCAUGUGCGGUAUGUGGGAAUGACAUUCUGCAAUCAUUUACUAUCUUCGAGUAAGUCAUUCUUGAUUUGCUUCAAGAAAAACAUGUUUUGAAUAAGUUAGUGACAUUCUUUUACAUUAAAGUAAGUAUUGCCGGGUAAGAUGUAAAAAAUAACUAUUUUUGAUAUAUUUUGGAGUAAGUCACCGACAAUAACAUUAAUUUGUGACGACACGCAUAAAUUAAUGUCAAUUUUCGAGAAGGAGUGAGACGAACGUUUUCUGUCAUAAGUAUUAACAUCCCUUUUAUCACAAGUACGAGUACUGACUAGCACGCAUCUUUGUUAUGUUUAGUCAUGUAUGACCUUUUCAGCUGUGGUCAUUUAGCGCAUCUGGAGUGUCUGGAUGAAUGCAAACGCAAGUGUCCAUGUGAUUCGAAGAACGUUGAAAUCAAUCACAUUGAGACAAUGCACAACAGUAUCAUGGAAGAUACAGCCAGUAUUUCCAUGUUCGGCCAAGAAAACCUUCGGCUUCGACCGUGCCCAGAACCUUCGGACCCUUUCUAA